GCGGUAGUUGACCAUAAUCCAAGAUGGAGGAUCAACUUGUCAGAAUCGGAGUUGGGUGAAAUAUGGCGAAGAAAUUACGGAUUAAUGUGGUUUGUUCGUCCAGAGAUAAACGAUUUCUGGUCUUAGCUGAAAGAGAAUGGGAACUUGCUACUUUGAGGAAACAUACAGAAGACAUAUUUCACUCAUUAUAUCCUGAACAGCCACAGCUGAGAAUCUCAGGCUUACAAAAUGAGUUUCACUUUGAUCUACCACUGAGUUACAAAGUAGACGAGACACUGAUUGACACAGGACUUGUAUUUGUUAUCGAGAAAGAAGUCAGCCUCCUUGAGUCAUUAAGCCAAUCAGCUGAAACUAACUCAAAAAGAUAUGCAAGUCAAUAUAACAACCAAAGUAACAGGAAGUCAAGGGAUGACUCUACUCAACCUUCAUCAAGAAAGAGAAAGAAAAUUGUGAAGAAAACCUCUGGAUCGGUGAAGAUUCCAACCAGUCCACCAGAUGGAAUUACAGAAAUCUCCUCUAGUAACAGGGUGACAUCAACAACUAGCCCAACAGUGGCUGAGCAAGAGGCAAGUUUGAUGCCUCAGAUUGUGGAGAAAAUAUCAGAAGAUUCAGAAAUUGAUGUUGAGAGUGUGGAUGACUCAGCACCUCAAACUUUACAGCAAGCAUCAAGUAGCAUUGUGAUGAAUAGCAAAGCUAAUGGGAGGAAGACAAGCCAACAGCUUGUUCAUAAGGCGAGAAAAAUGAAAAACAAGACUAAAAGCUCAAGUAAACACACAACUAGAAGCAACCAGUGAAUCAAAAAGCAUUGACUUAUGAUUCUGAAACUUGGAACCAAAUGAUGGCUUCCACAUUCAAAUGCUGCGGAUGUUUUAAUUGUGGCACAGUAUGUAGGUUAUCUUCCUCCAAGUUUGAAUGACCACCUGAGGUUAGGAUUUACAGUGUGGUAAUUAAUCAUGCUACAUAGAUAGUCAGCUGUAUUUAAACUUCAGAUCGACAAAAUACACAACAAUAAUCUUUUA